AUGCUGACAAAGUUCUACCAGCAUGUCCUGGCUUUGGUGUUUGCUGUAGAUGAGGUCAACCAGAACCCCAAGAUCUUGCCGAAUGUCACUCUUGGGUUCCACAUCUGUGACAGCUACUACAGCAUCCGAAUGACCUAUCGUACAUUGCUGGAUCUCCUGUUUAAGUCUCACAGAUAUUUUCCCAACUAUGAAUGUGGCAUUCAGAAAAACAUGAUGGCUGUCAUUGGGGGACUUAGCUCAGACAUCUCCUUCCAUAUGGCAGACAUCUUGGGUCUUUACAAGAUACCACAGCUCACCUAUGGCUCAUUUGCCCAAGAGGAGAGAAGUACAAGACAGUCCCCUUCCUUUUACCACAUGGUCCCAAAUGAAGCCCAGCAAUGCACAGGAAUUGUCAAAUUACUUCAGCAUUUCGGAUGGACCUGGGUCGGGCUCUUUGCUGUGGAUGACGACAGCGGAGACCGUUUCUUGCAAUCCCUUCAGCCCUUAUUUUCCCAGCAUAGAAUAUGUUGGGCCUUCACAGAGAGAAUCCCAAACCAAGUGAAUUGGGAUAACUUAUACGACCUUACUAAUGUGGCGUCAAAUAUAUAUUUGCCUUUUGGUGAUACCAAAGCCCAUACAUUUAUCUUCUAUGGAGAAUCAAGGACAGUCAUAACUUUGAACUAUGCCAUAUUUCUAGCAGAUUAUGGCUACAAAGAAAAUAUGUCAUUGAGAAAGGUAUGGAUUAUGACAGCCCAAGUGGAUUUUGCCUUAACAGGCCUACAGCGAGCCUCGGAUAUCCAGUUCUUCCAAGGGGCGCUUUCCUUCAGAAUUCACUUGAAAGAGCCUUUGGGGUUCCAUGACUUCUUAAACAAAAUUAAACCAUAUUGGGAAUACAAAGAUGGUUUUUUCAAGGAGUUUUGGGAACAAGCAUUUGCUUGUUCAUUACUAAAUCUAUGGGAUCCGGAGAAGGAUGAUGCAUCAUGUACUGGAGAGGAGCGCUUGGACAGCCUUCCAGGGCAUGUUUUUGAAAUGAGUAUGACUGGCCACAGCUACAGCAUCUACAAUGCUGUCCAUGCCACAGCACAUGCUUUGCAUGCCAUGCACACCUCUAUGUCCAAGUAUAGAGAAAUAUUAUGGAGCAAAAGACUUGAAUUUCACCAUCUCCAGGCUUGGAAGCAGCUGCACCCAUUUCUUCAAGGCAUUUCAUUUAACAACUCAGCAGGUGAAUCUGUGUCGUUUAAAGACAACAGGGGAAUGGGAGAUGGCUUUGAUAUCAUGAACGUGGUCACAUUCCGGAACAAGACUUUUGUUAGAGUGAAAGUUGGAAGUGUGAAUUCCAAAGCUCCAGAAGGACAAGGAUUCAUCCUUCACGAGGACAGAAUUGUGUGGCAGACGAGUUUCAACCAGGAACGUUGGCCCAUUUCUGUGUGUAAUGACUACUGCCACCCUGGUUCAUGGAAGAAAAAGAAAGAAGGGGAGACGUUUUGUUGCUAUGAUUGUGUUCCUUGCCCAGAAGGGAAGAUUUCAAGCCAGCAAGACAUGGUUGAAUGCAUUGAAUGCCCAGAAGAUCAACAUUCAAGUAAGGACAAAGAUGGAUGCAUCAACAAAGUGAUAACCUUCUUGUCAUUUGAAGAACCUUUAGGGAUCGGUUUAGCUUUCCUUGCUGUUUCUUGUUUCCUGAUCACAGCCUUCGUGCUAGGAGUUUUUAUUAAGAACAAAGAUACCCCCAUAGUCAAGGCCAACAACCGAGAUAUCACCUACAUGCUCCUCGUCUCCCUUCUGCUCUGCUUCCUCUGUUCUUUGCUUUUUCUUGGAAAACCAAGCAAUGUGACCUGUUUCAUCCGACAAUCUGCUUUUGGUAUUGUCUUUUCAGUGGUUGUUUCUUGUGUGCUGGCCAAAACCAUCACUGUGGUUCUAGCUUUUAUGGCCACCAAACCAGGAUCUGGCCUGAGGAAGUGGGUUGGGAAGACACUGGCGAACUCUAUUGUCCUUUCCUGCUCCCUUGUGCAAGCAGGCAUCUGUAUGGUGUGGCUAGCGACCACUCCCCCGUUUCCAGAUUUAGACAUGCAUUCCAUGGCUGACCAGAUUGUAGCAGAAUGUAAUGAAGGGUCUGUGGUCAUGUUUUAUAUUGUCCUGGGUUACUUGGGACUAUUGUCUCUCAUAAGCUUGAUUGUGGCUUUCUUUGCCAGGAAGCUGCCCAACAGUUUUAAUGAAGCCAAGUUCAUCACCUUCAGCAUGCUGGUCUUUUGCAGUGUUUGGAUGUCUUUUGUCCCAACCUAUCUGAGCACCAAAGGGAAAUAUAUGGUAGCUGUUGAGAUCUUCUCUAUUUUGGCCUCCAGUGCUGCGUUACUGGCUUGGAUCUUUUCUGUUAAAUGCUACAUCAUUCUUCUGAGACCUGAUCUGAAUAGCAGAGACCAGAUAAUUAGGAGAAAGAAUUAA